CUCUCUCUCUCCCUCUCUCUCGCUUGUGCACUUUCGUAAUACUUUGCUGCUACGAAGCCACAUUUAUAGAAAGCUAUUUGGCUUUAAGCCAGAAAAACACAAAUUAACCAAAUAUAUUAAUAAUUUAUUAAAUGUAUCCAUCGAGUCGCCGCCAAAAAGCUCUCAAGACAAUGACAAGCAUGACAAAACUACUGUCUACGAUACGAACGGUGCACGGGUUGUCUUUGGUACGCGAUGGCGGAGCAUAUUGACUGUAGUGAUUUUAUGGAAGAAAAUAUACAAAAAUUUAAUAAUGAAAGGCGGAGUAGCAAACAAUGGGUCAAACUUAACGUUGGUGGAACGUAUUUUUUAACUACAAAAACAACUCUAUGUAGGGAUCCUAAUUCAUUUUUGUAUCGAUUAGUUCAAGAGGAUAGUGACUUGAUAUCAGACAGGGAUGAGACUGGCGCUUAUUUAAUAGAUAGAGACCCGACAUAUUUUUCACCUGUCCUCAAUUAUCUUCGCCACGGUAAAUUGGUGAUUAACAAUGAUAUUGCUGAAGAAGGGGUUCUCGAAGAAGCAGAAUUCUACAACAUUACGGAACUUAUAAGAUUAGUUAAAGAGAGAAUAUGUCUCAGAGAGAGAAGACCUUUGAAAGAUUCCAAGAAACAUGUAUACAGAGUUCUGCAGUUUCAUGAAGAGGAGCUGACACAGAUGGUUUCCACAAUGUCAGAUGGUUGGAAAUUUGAACAACUAAUCAAUAUUGGUUCACAGUAUAACUAUGGCAAUGAUGAACAUGCAGAGUUCCUUUGUGUGGUUAGUCGUGAAUGUGGUAGUACACUCAACAGUAAUGACAUUGAGUCAACAGAUCGUGCAAAAGUGUUGCAGCAAAAAGGCUCACGAAUGUGAGCUCUGAUUUUACUUUUGUUUAUUUUUUUGUGAUCAUAACUCUGUGUGAUGUGUACAUAUUGUGAAAAGAAUAAACAGUCUUAAAUAAUUAUUGGUAUUGUAACAAAAGGAUCUUACAAGAUUAAGGUUGAUAAUGCAAUAAUUUAAUAGUUAGUAAGUAACUUGUGUUGUCUGAAUUUUAUGGUAGGAAAUACUCAAUUGCAUAAAUUUAGGAAAUAGGGAGUAAAAUGUAUUUUUGAGUCUAUAGUUUAUUAGUGUAUUUAGCAACAGGUUGUACCAGGCAAUUAAAGUGACCCAUUGGUCCUAUAUGUCCAUACAAAAGUGUGUGCUAUUCUCUAGUUUAUUAUGAAAGGAGAGCGAAUUGUAUUGUAAUUGUGAGUGAAUUGUGAAUGAAAUUCUGAGACUAAUAAUGUUCUUUGUACAUUUUCUGUUUCAUUGUUUUGUAAUUACUAUAAAAUAACAAUCUGUACCUUAACAAUUCCAGAUAUGCUCACAUACCAAACGUAAUGGAAACAACAUUAAAAUGCAUUUGUUCUAUUAAAAACGUAAUUAAGUAAAAAAAUUGUUUGUGUUUAUGCCUUUAUUUCAGUGAAUAAGUAAACAAUUGACUGAAAA